AAACUUUAUGCUUUGGUUAUCGGGAUUAAUCGAUUCAAUGGUAGUUUUCCCACCAGCAUUGCCGGGUGUUCUUCUCUUUGGAGGUUUACUUCGAAAAACAAUCUUCUCCAUGGAAGCAUACCUGAUAAUAUGCCUGCAAAUCCUGGGAUUUCAUACAUGGACCUCAGUAAUAACUUUUUUGACGGCCAUAUUCCUUCUAUUCUUGGUUCUUGGACCAACCUUUCAAUGCUAAAUAUAUCCAAUAAUCUUCUAUCUGGGUCCAUCCCUCCUGAACUUGGCAAUCUCAAGAAACUGGGAAAGCUCUCGCUUUCUGCAAACAAACUGAAUGGAUCCAUACCUUCUGAAUUAGGCAACUGCACAGAGCUUCUGGAGUUGGUCCUUAGUAAUAACCUUCUUUCAGGGAGAAUUCCUGCGGAGAUUGUGGUAUUGGACAAACUGAGGAAUCUAUUGCUCUCUGGGAACAAAUUCUCUGGAGGUAUACCUGAUUUUUUUACACCAACUCAAGAUCUUUUAGAAUUGCAGCUUGGUGACAAUAUGCUUGAAGGCUCCAUUCCUUCCAGUUUAGGUAGUCUUCAGUACAUUUCCACUGCUCUCAACCUCAGUAGUAAUAGAUUGAAUGGUAGCAUUCCACCUAGUCUUGGCCAACUUCGUGGCCUGGAAGUGCUUGACCUGUCCAACAAUUUCUUGUCUGGUGAGAUCCCUUCAAGAUUGAGUGACAUGGUUGCUCUUACCUUUGUGAAUGUUUCUUCUAAUCAACUCUCUGGUAGACUACCUGAGGGCUGGAUUAAGUUUUUAAAUUCAUCACCAGCUUCAUUUUCAGGAAUGCGCAUAGCCACAUAUGUUGCAGCUGGGAGAGCACAGGAUGGUUCUUCUCAUCUUCCAUCGUCCAUUCGUAGUGUUGACUCGGUGGCAGACUUCCCUGAAGAUCUUACAUAUGAGGAUAUAUUGCGAGCUACUGAAAAACUUGAGUGA